AUGGUACUCCUAACAUCCUCCACAGUUGCGACCUUCCUCAUUCCAGUCAUCACCUGUCAACAUGGAGUACGAAACAUAGAACGAGACUUUCGUUCGCUAGAUUCGAUGCAAGCGGACUAUGAACACAUGACAUAUGAUACCAACAAGGAGCAAUCGAUAUUAGAUCCAGAGACUGGGGAACUCUCAACAUUGAAUCAAGGCAACUUUGCAUAUCUGCAACUUCUUUCCGAGCCUAAUCCUGCGAGUAUAUGUUCGACGAUCGCCAUUUAUAAGAAAAUGUUUGAAGGCGGAUCGACAAUACAAGACCGUCUGUUCAUGUACCCGCAAGAAUGGGACUUGAUAACGCCCACCGAUCCUGUCGUUAGCCAAGCAUUAUCUUCUCUGCGAGAAGCGAGCGUGCAAUACAAGUUCUGGCUAUUACCCAUUGACAUGCACCUCGUCAUUCAGCAAGGGUACUCGCUCACAGACUCAAAACUACUACGCCUAGGUGAGAUCCAAUUCAUGGCAUACGACAGUGUCUUAUACCUCCGGACGCCAGGACUGUUACUCGAUGCGCAGGAACUCGACAAAAUGAUUCUGACGCGUCCCCUCCCUAUGAAAUACGAACCGACACGUCAAGAAUCAUAUCGAAAUGCGGCGUGGAUCGGCAUGCCUUUGCGCGCCCAUAACGAGGCAAAGAUACCACCCGUAUAUCUGAUAUCAGUGAAUUCUAUGCGAAAUAGGGUGGAAGCACGCACACACGUCCCCAACGUGGCACUCCGAGGGUUUGGAGAUCUUGCUGCUGGGCCGAAUUUUGUGAAAGUGACAGGCAAGGACCCUGCAUACGUAUUUUUUGAUUGGGACGAAGACGGCCGUAUCCAGCAGGAAAAUAAUACGUACUAUGAUCGGUGGAGGCAGGAGUCGGCCAAUGUUUGUGGAGGACUCGACUUGAGUCUUUAUUGA